AAAAGGGCUGAUGAUGACAGUGAUAGAGUACCCUUGGGUUUAAGCCCCAGUCCUGGAAAAAAAAAAAAAUUCAAUAAGGGGACCCACCCUGAGAGAUUCUGAUUUUUAUUGGUUUGAGGUAAGGCCUGAUCCUGGGUAUUUGCGAACGGCUCCACAGGUGAUUUUAAUGUGUACACGUGUUUCAGUGCAGUAAUUGAGUAAAGGGUUGAUCCUGAACUUCUCAGUUGCUUGGAAGGGUCUUGGGGUGAAGCCGCUGUUUCUCCAGUGCCUCCUGAGUUACCUGUGGGAGAGUGAGACGGAAGUCCCUUCCCCAGUGAGGUGAAAGUUCGUUUCUAGCCUGAGGAGGAGGAUGGUACCAUUCUUUUUGGAACAGAAGGUGCUGCCUCCCAGCAGUGCCCCUAAGACUGGACCCUGCUUUGGGAGACUGAGAUGGAAGAUGACUCCAGAGUUUGAAGCAGGAAACGGCAAACAAUUCAGAGGGACAAGAAUGGGGAGACUGCUGGUAGCCAUGAGCUCCUGGGGUUAAAUCAGGCUGGUAGUCAUGGGGCUGGGAUGGCCCCAAGCCUGGUUAUUGGGCCUGCCCACAGCUGUGGUCUAUGGCUCCCUGGCCCUCUUCACCUCCAUCCUGCACAAUGUGUUCCUGCUCUACUAUGUGGACACCUUUGUCUCAGUAUACAAGAUCAACAAAGUAGCCUUCUGGGUUGGAGAGACCGUGUUUCUCCUCUGGAACAGCCUCAACGACCCCCUCUUCGGCUGGCUAAGUGACCGCCAGUUCCUCAGCUCUCAGCCCUGGUCUGGCGCCAGGCUCUCCUCAAGGGCUGUGGUGCUGGCACGGGUACGGGCGCUGGGCAGGCACGGGCCACUGCUGGCACUGUCCUUCCUGGCAUUCUGGGUGCCUUGGGCCCCAGCUGGCCUACAGUUCUUGCUGUGCCUGUGCCUUUAUGAUGGCUUCCUGACACUCGUGGACCUUCACCAUCAUGCCUUGUUGGCCGACCUGGCACUCUCGGCCCACGACCGCACCCAUCUCAACUUCUACUGCUCCCUCUUCAGUGCAGCUGGCUCCCUCUCUGUCUUUGCCUCCUACGCCUUUUGGAACAAGGAGGACUUCUCCUCCUUCCGCGCCUUCUGUGUGGCACUGGCUGCUGGCUCUGGGCUGGGCUUUCUGGGGGCCACGCAACUACUGAGGCGGCGGGUUGAAGUGGCUGGAAAGGACCCUGGGUGCUCAACCCUGGCCAUGGAUGGUGGCCUGUAUGGAGAGGAGCUGCUAGUGGGCAGUGAGGAAGUGGGCAGCAUCACCUUGGGCCAAUACCUCCGGCAGCUGGCACGCCACCAAAACUUCCUGUGGUUCGUGGGCAUGGACCUGGUGCAGGUGUUCCACUGCCACUUCAACAGCAACUUCUUCCCCCUCUUCCUGGAGCAUCUGCUGUCAGACCACAUCUCUCUCUCCACUGGCUCCUUCCUGUUGGGUGUCUCCUAUGUCGCUCCCCAUCUCAACAACCUCUACUUCCUGCCCCUGUGUCAGCGCUGGGGUGUCUACGCAGUAGUGCGGGGUCUCUUUCUGCUCAAGCUGGGCCUUAGCCUGCUCAUGCUGGUGGCUGGCCCAGACCAUCCUGGCCUGCUCUGCUUCUUCAUCGCCAGUAACCGUGUUUUCACUGAGGGCACCUGCAAGCUGUUGACCCUGGUGGUCACUGACCUGGUGGAUGAGGACCUGGUGCUGAACCAUCGUAAACAGGCGGCCUCAGCGCUUCUCUUUGGCAUGGUUGCCCUGGUGACGAAACCAGGCCAGACCUUUGCCCCACUGCUGGGCACCUGGCUGCUCUGCUUCUAUACAGGUCAUGAUCUUUUCCAACAGCCUCCAAUGACCCCUGUUGGGAGUGCCCAGCCCUGGCCAGAGCCACCAGCUCCAGCCCCAGCACAGGCCCCCACGCUCCGCCAGGGCUGCUUCUACCUGCUGGUGCUGGUACCUAUCACUUGUGCACUGCUGCAGCUCUUCACCUGGUCCCAGUUCACACUGCACGGGAGGCGCCUGCACAUGGUCAAGGCCCAGCGCCAGAAUUUGGCACAGGUCCAAACCCUGGACAUUAAGACAGUGUGAGAGGUGCAGUAAGGCUACCCUGUUGAGGACACUGCCCCAGUCGGGGAGCAGGAGCCACUUUUGCCAGUGUCCUGCUAGUGCACCUUCUUUGGGUGCAGCAUAGAGGAGAUGGCAGAUGGGAGCUCCUGGAACUUAGCUAGGAAUGUCAUUGAAGUCUUUUCCUCCCUAGCUGUCUGGCUCAGUUUGAGCAAGGGCUGGGCUCAGAGACAUGGUUCCUCUGUGGGGCAGGAGGAAAGAGGACCAGAAAGGAUAGGGCUACAUGUGGUGACUGCCAUGGGGCAUGGAGGCCCAGCCUACUGUCAGCUAGGGCUGGCUACUCUAGCGGGCUUAAGAACCACUUUUGAUAACACAACUACUCCCUUUUGCCUAGUCAAGGGAAGCCUACUCUAAGUGCCACUUGCCACUGCCUCCUAGUGUUUUUUUUCAGAGUUCUUCUUUAGCUGUUUGAAGUAGCAUGUUCCCUCUGCUGCAGGACUCUCCCAUCAAUAUACCUCUGGAGAAGCUCAUUUUGUUACAGAUUGAUUAAAGCCAGUCAUUCCUACUUCUUAGGUCCAUGUGAGAGAGGGAGAGGGAGGGAAAGAGAGCUGGAUUGGUGGGAAUGGGAGUGGGAAUCCUAUUCCUCACUCAACAGGUAAAACACCCGAAGAGGAUUUUCCUAAAUAAAAGGUGGCUAUCUGCAUCAGACUUGCUGGGGUGCAGGGACAAGAAUGCAGAUUGCUGGUUUCAUGGGUACUGGAGGCCAAAGUGACUUUCAGGCCUGGAGUCAGCCAUCCCAGUGUAUUUCACAGGCACUGCUGCUAGACAUGGUCAUCAAACAGGAGUCUCUAUUGGGUCAGAAGUUCUCAGCCUGGGGACCAUCUGGGCUUCAAAAAGUAUCAAAUUCUGACUUAUUUGGGCUUGAAUAUGACCUGAGUAGUAUUAAGAUUUCAAAAACCUCUGUAGAUGAUUUUUCUUGUGACUGGGAUUGAAAACCAUUGUUCUGGGCCAGCAUGUCUCCAGAUAGCAAGUUGUGUCCUAGGGGCAAAACUGACUCCAACUGGGACUUAUUGCUUAAGGCCAGAGAUUUUGAGGAUCUGCUCAGGGAUCAAAAGGUAGGCUCUAGGGCUGUAUUGCUUGGGAAUACACCCCAGCUAAUAAAUGGGAGAACUUUGG